GCUUUUUUUUAACCUUCAGAAUAGGCAACUGAAUUGGAGACUGUAGAAUAUGGCUGGACAAAUAUCAGAAUCUGAUCAGAUUAAGCAGUUCAAAGAGUUUCUGGGAACAUACAAUAAACUCACAGAAAACUGCUUCCUGGAUUGCGUGAAGGAUUUCACAAGCAGAGAAGUGAAACCAGAAGAG